AUGAAUUUGAUGAAUGGCCAAUUAAAAGUGGAGGAAACAGACGAUGAUAUCUUUAGAACUGAAGCCCAGUAUUUGGAAGAGUCGCAGACAGACUUUAAAAAUGAUGACGGAACGUUAGUAAUCGAAUCAAUUAACGAGCAUUCAAAUUUGGGCGUGGAGCAAAAGAUGGCUUUAAACAAGAAACUCAGAGAUAAAAUAUUUGAGGAAAGUAGAGAGCUCAAGACAACAAUAAAACCUCUGGAAUUCGAAUCAUACGAGGAUUAUUUCGUAUUAACAAAGUUUGAAAAGGGUGUCUCGGUUAGUGGAAAAGUGGGGUUUGAGGACGGCAAGACUAGGAGUACCGGAGUUUACUACGAGAAGAUAAAGAGAGGAUCGAGAGAUGAAAAUGGCGAGAACAAAAAUGACAGUCUUUCGGACAGCGAUGGAGAUCAGCCGAAAACUGCGUCUGCUACGAAAAAACGAGCGACUCGCUCUCAGGUAAGUAAGUUGAAACGAGAAUCAUCCGAUUCAGCACUUCCGUCUGGAAGACGGAUGGAUCCAACCACCGCAUUCUUUGAUACAACUAUAUCAGUAAGCAGCAUUAUACCGUCCGAGAAUGCCGAUGGUAAUAUUCGGAGGUCUUCUCGGCUGUCUCAAAGAGAACGCGAAAUUCUAGAAAACAAGGCAAAUCGCCUAGAGGAAAACGAGCCAGAAGAGGCAGCUCCAGAAAUAUUAGAUUUGUUCGAGUCGAUUAUACCAAAAAUGGUCGAACCUGUGAGAAGAUCUGACUGGCUGUUGCCCAACAAGAAUCGCUUCAUACCGGAGAAAUUUGCACCGGUAAAGCAUACACCCGAACAAAUCAAGAUCAAUGACCUUAUUCACAACAGUAAAAUACGUAAAAUCAUGAAAAGAUUUAAGGGAGGGCUAGCUGGCGUACGGAAAAAGGAUUGGGAGUACGUUACAGAGCCACAACAAGCUGAGAAGAUUAGCGGAUGA